UUCUUCCCUCCAUCUUACUUUUUACAGUCUUUCCUUUUAAUAUCGUCCUAUUAGCAUCUCUCGCCUAGAGAGGAGGGCCGUCCUCUCCAACCAUGAACAGACAGUCCACGGGCAUGAGCCUCCAGCGGCUCGAGUCUGUCAACGACCUCGCUACCCUCUCCCCCGUCUCAGAUGACAUCAUCGUAACAUGCAUCCGCGAACGCUUCAUGUCAGACAACAUCUACACUGCCAUCGGUUCAAACGCCAUCGUCGCAGUCAACCCCCACAAGUAUGUCUCAUCCAACGCAGACUCCCUCCUCCACAAAUACGCCGCCGACUACCGCAACACUCAAGACAACAAGACGCCCCUUCCCCCACAUAUCUUCCAGCUCGCCAACGAUGCCUACUUUCACAUGCGCAGAACCACCCAGGAUCAGUCCCUCCUAAUCAGCGGUGAAACUGGAAGUGGAAAAUCGGAAAAUCGGCGUCUCGCCAUCAAAACUCUCCUCGAGCUCUCGGUCAGCAACCCGGGCAAGAAAGGCUCCAAACUCGCCAGCCAAGUUCCCGCUGCCGAGUUCGUUAUCGAAUCCUUCGGUAACGCCCGGACGCUCUUCAACCCUAACGCCUCUCGGUAUGGCAAGUACACUGAGCUCCAAUUUACGGAGCGGGGCCGAUUAUGCGGCGUCAAGACGCUCGACUACUACCUCGAGCGCAACCGCGUCGCGGCUGUCCCUUCGGGCGAACGCAACUUCCACAUCUUCUACUACCUCGUUGCUGGAGCGACGACCGAGGAGAGGCAGCACCUUCGCCUGGUCGACAAGGCGGCCUAUCGCUAUCUCGGUCAGCGGAACAUUGGCGCUCAGAACGGCGUCCGCGAUGACGAUGCGAACCGGUUCGAGCAGCUGAAAGGGGCUCUCAAGUCGAUCGGUUUCUCCAAGCGGUCUGUCGCACAGACCUGCCAGCUCUUGGCUGCCAUCCUUCACCUUGGCAAUUUGGAGUUCACCAUCGACCGCGGUCGCGAUGUCGACGCUGCUGUCGUGCGCAACACCGACACCCUCGCCAUCGUCGCCGAGUUCCUCGGCGUUCAGCCUGCAGCCCUCGAGGCGACCCUGUCGUACAAGACGAAGAUGGUCAAGAAGGAGCUUUGUACCGUCUUCCUUGAUACUGAUGGUGCAUCCGACAAUCGUGACGACCUCGCCAAGACCCUCUACUCUCUCCUAUUCGCCUGGCUCAAUGAACACAUCAAUUCCCGUCUGUGCCGCGACGACUUCGAUACCUUCAUUGGUCUCGUUGAUCUCCCGGGCCCGCAGAACAUGACAUCGCGCCCCAACUCCCUGGACCAGUUCUGCAUCAAUUUCGCCAACGAGCGUCUGCAAAACUUCAUCCAGAAGCAGAUCUUCGAGUACCACGUCACCGAGUACACCUCGGAAGGUGUCGCUGAAUACGUCCCCACAGUCCCUUACUUCGACAACUCGGAGUGCUUGCGGCUGCUGCAGAACCAGCCGGGUGGGCUCAUCCACAUCAUGGACGACCAGGCGCGUCGCUCGCAGAAGAAGACGGACCAGAGCAUGGUCGAGGCCUUCGGCCGCCGGUGGGGCAACCACUCGUCGUUCAAGGUCGGCUCAAUGGAUCGCUCGGGCUUCCCCACGUUCACGGUGAACCACUUCAACGGGCCGGUCACGUACUCUGCCGAGGGCUUCCUCGAGCGUAACCUUGACGCCCUCAACCCAGACUUUGUCUCUCUCCUCCGCGGCAGCUUGCAGGCGUCGGACGGCGUCGAGACCUCCGGGUCUGUCAACCCAUUCGUCAAGGGCCUGUUUACGGGCAAGGCGAUCGCGACGCAGGCGCACCCUAAGGACGAGGAUACGAUCGUCGCAGCGCAGCAGACGAUCAAGCCGAUGCGCAAGCCGUCGACGCGGCGCAAGGGUACGAUCCGCCGGCGGCCGACGCAGCGCGAGGGCACGACAGGGGCAGCAGAGACGAUUGAUGAGGACGACGACGACGCGGGGCCCGCGCCGAACGCGGGCUCACCGUGCGUCGCGGGCGAGUUUAGGAGUGCGCUCGACACGCUGUUUGAGACGCUGGGCGAUACACAGAACUGGUUUGUGUUUUGCGUCAAUCCGAACGACUCGCAGCUGCCGAACCAGAUCGAGGGGCGAAGCGUGAAGGGGCAGGUGCGCAGCGCGUGUAUUGCGGAGGUGGCGAGGCGGAACGUGACGGUUUUCGAGGCGGGUAUGACACCUGAGGAGUUUGUGGAUAGGUAUAGGGAAGCUUUGACGGCGAUUGGGAUUGGUGCGGCGGUUACGCCGCUCGAGGCGAUUGCGCAGGCGCGGGAUAAGCUGGGGCUUACGGAAAGGGAUUUGGUUACGGGCACGUACAAGGUGUUCCUAACCCACGCUGCGUUCCACGCGCUCGAGAACCACCUCCGCUCUCUCGAUACGGAGGAGCAGAAGCGCAACCGCAUGCGUGACGCCGAGGCCGAGGCUGGUCUCGACGUGCGCAGCAUCGGCGACAUCUACGCACCGUACGCUUCGCCGGGCGGGAACCACGACCUCACGGACCCAUUCUCGUCGCAGCAAAACCUGCCGCUCGUGCAGCACGCCGCCGGUGGCGUCGGCGGCGGGAUGUACGACGACUAUGACGACGAGCGGCACUCGUUGCGGUCAGACGACUAUGAUGCUCGUAGCCGCCUCACGAGUAACCGGGAGGAUACCGCGUCGCACUACGGCUCGGAGUCGUACGCCCCCUCACGCAACAUGUUCCAGAACGCGGACAAGGAGGCGCUCGUGCAGAAGGAGAUGUUGCCGGGCGAGGUCGCCGAAGGCGAGACGACGGAGGUGGUCAAGGAGACGUCGGCACGCAGGCGCUGGGUGAUGCUCACGUGGAUGCUGACAUUCUGGGUGCCCACGCCGUUCCUGACGUGGUUCGGGCGCAUGAAACGGCCCGACGUGCGCCAGGCGUGGCGCGAGAAGCUGGCGAUCAACAUGCUCAUCUGGUUUAUUUGUGGCUGCGCGGUGUUCGUUAUCGCGAUUAUGGGUCUCAUUAUCUGUCCGACGGAGCACGUGUAUAGCACGUCGGAGCUGCAGUCCCACUCGUACCAGAACUCGCCGAAUAAUGUGUACACGUCGAUCCGUGGAGAGGUUUUCGAUCUCACGGAGGUUGCGGCGACGCAUCAGCGGAUUGUUAGUGUUGUGCCGACCAAGUCGAUUUUGCAGUAUGGUGGGACGGAUGCGAGCGAUAUUUUCCCUGUCCAGGUCAGUGCUCUUUGCAGUGGUGAAGGUCAAGGUGUCAGCCCCUGGGUCCAGCUCAACUCCGGCAACACGAGCGACCCGAACGCGCAGUACCACGACUUCCGCGCGGCGACGAACGACUCUCGCCCGGAUUGGUACUUCGAGUCUAUGACGGUCAUGCGGUGGAACAACCGUGUCGGGUACAUGGGAUACACGCCCAAGGAGAUCUCCAGCUUGGCCAACUCGGGCUCCUCGGUGGGCAUCAUCGACGGGCUGGUGUACGAUCUCACGAGCUACGUGAACAACGGGCCGUCCAUUCAGACGCCCUCGGGCACGCAGAUCGGCGGCGGCGGCACGGACGCGCAGUUCAUGAACUCGGGCGUUGUGGGUCUGUUCAAGUACAACUCGGGCCAGGAUCUCUCGAAGCAGCUCGGUAAGCUCGGGAUGACAUCCGACCAGCUCGCUGCGCAGAGGACGUGUCUCCGCAAUCUGUUCUUGAAGGGCAUGGUGGACAACCGCGAGUCGCCUGCGUGCCAGUUCUCGACGUACAUUCUCCUCGUGCUGUCGAUUAUCAUGGUCAGCGUGAUCGGAUUCAAGUUCAUCGCGUCGGUCAACUUUGGUGCGGCCCGUGCGCCCGAGGACCACGACAAGUUCGUGAUCUGUCAGGUGCCGUGUUACACCGAGGGCGAGAUCUCGCUCCGGCGGACGAUCGACUCGCUCGCGCAGCUCAAGUACGACGACAAGCGCAAGCUCAUCCUGGUUAUUUGCGACGGAAACAUCGUCGGUUCGGGCAACGACCGGCCAACGCCGCGCAUCGUGCUGGAUAUUCUCGGCGCGGACCCGAAUAUCGACCCGGAGCCGCUCAGCUUCUUGUCGCUCGGGGAGGGCGUGAAGCAGCAUAAUAUGGGCAAGGUGUAUUCGGGCUUGUACGAGUGCGCGGGGCACGUUGUGCCGUAUCUGGUUGUCGUCAAGACGGGCAAGCCGUCGGAGCGGUCGCGUCCUGGUAACAGGGGUAAGCGUGAUUCGCAGAUGGUGAUUAUGCGGUUCUUCAACAAGGUUCACUUUAACACGCCGAUGAAUCCGCUCGAGCUGGAGAUGUAUCAUCAGAUCAAGAACGUUAUUGGUGUUAAUCCGACGUUCUACGAAUAUCUGUUCACUGUCGAUGCUGAUACGUCGGUGGAGCCGCAUGGUGUUAACCGGUUGAUUUCUGCCAUGAUUCGCGACAAGAAGCUUCUCGGUGUCUGCGGCGAAACGGAGCUGCUGAACCCUAAGCAGUCACUCAUUACGAUGAUGCAGGUCUACGAGUACUUCAUCUCGCAUCACAUGGCCAAAGCCUUCGAGUCCCUCUUCGGUUCCGUCACCUGUUUGCCCGGUUGUUUCACGCUCUAUCGCCUGCGCACCCCGGACACGCACAAGCCUCUCCUCAUCGCCAACCAGAUGAUCGAAGAUUACUCGGAGAACCGCGUCGACACGUUGCACAUGAAGAAUUUGCUGCACCUCGGAGAAGAUCGGUACUUGACCACGCUUCUCCUCAAGCAUUUCCCGCUGUUCAAGACACAGUUCGUCCGUGACGCGCACGCGUGGACUGUCGCACCCGAUGAUUGGAAGAUUCUGUUGUCGCAACGUCGUCGCUGGAUCAACUCGACGGUUCACAACAUGAGCGAGCUGAUCUUUGCGGACAAUUUGUGCGGUUUCUGCUGUUUCUCGAUGCGAUUCAUCGUCAUGGUCGAUCUGUUGUCGACUAUUGUUGGUCCGGUCACCGUCGGAUACAUCGUCUACCUGAUCGUCUCGGUCGUCACGAAGAAGGAGACGAUCCCCAUCAUCUCACUUGUCAUGAUUGGCGCUAUCUACGGUCUCCAGGCGUUGGUCUUCAUCCUGCGGCGCAAGUGGGACAUGGUUGGCUGGAUGCUGUUCUACAUCCUCGCUAUACCCGUUUUCACGUUCCUUCUGCCGCUCUACUCGUUCUGGCGUAUGGAUGAUUUCUCGUGGGGUGCGACGCGUCUUGUGCUUGGAGAGUCUGGCAAGAAGAUUAUCGUUCACGACGAGGGCAAGUUCGACCCACGUGCGAUUCCUCUAAAGUCUUGGACGGACUACGAAAACGAGCUCUGGGACAAGGAGUCGAACCACAGCAUCGGCUCGUGGGUACCACCUUCCAAGUUUGGCGGCGGUGCCUACGCGGAGACGCACACGGCUUCUGUCUACGGCCGGGAGACGUUCUACGAUCCGGUACCCGCGCGCGGACAAUCGCCAGCACCAUCGCAGUUCAACAUGAUGCCCCCUCUCGGUUACAACCAGACUGGCUUCAACUCUGGACGGAACACACCGAUGUCGCAAAUACGGCCCAUGAGCGAGAUGGGUGCUAUGGGACCGAUGGCUGGCAACAUGAGCAUGUACGGCGGUAUGGGAGGCAUGGGCGGUAUGCAGGGCAUGCAGGGCUCGAUCUACCAGCCCGCACCAUCGCGGCCGGGGACGAACUACUUCGAUAUGCCUAUUGCUCAGCAACCUACCGGUGGUGGCACACCCCAGGGCCACUUCGACGCCGGCGCGGCUGGAGGCCCCAGCGACGUUGAACUCGAGCAGGCCGUGCAGAACGUGCUUGCGUCGGCUGACCUGAACACGGUUACGAAGCGGGCUGUCCGCACACAGCUCGAGGAGCAUUUCGGGAUGGACCUCACGCCGCGCAAGCAGACGAUCAACGCUGCGAUCGACCGGGUGCUGCUGAGCCAUGCCUAAGGCGCUCUCCGCCCUUGCACGCGUACGCCCACGUACGCUUUUGGUGAAUUGGGGAUUUUUGAUGUGAUGCCGUGGUAAUGUUUCGGACGGUUUGCAUACUGCACAAAUUGCGCGGACUGGAUCAUGCAUGGACUACUUUUUUCAUACAUACAAUAUACUGAAACAACUUGGAUCUAUAAACCAAACAACCCUCUUCUCCCCCCCAACCGCUAUCGUUACGAACCCAUCCAUGUCCAUGCACCGAGUAUUGUUUGAUUCUUUUCACUCUACCCUAGGACUUCUUGACCUGACACUUUCUUUCCUUUUCGCCUCUUCUUACUUCUUCGCCUAGUGCUCGGGCGGCCACUCCUACCCCUUCUUGAGCGUUUCUGAGCAUCGGACACCAUUGCGUGGCAUGCAUGCCAAUCUCUUCCCUCUUGUGUUAUAUCGCAUUAGUUACUAUAGAUCAGCUUCCUUGCUGAAAGAUAUAUGGGUAAUCGGAUACUAGACCUGCU